ACUUAUGGAAUUCAUUUAGAAAAAAAAUAUAUAAAGGUAUGUUAAUUCUAUUUGUGAAAUGGAAUCUCUUUUGGGGUCAUUUGGAUCCAGGUUUUUAAUUUGUGGAAUUUUGGCUCAAAUCACUGGUUUAAAAACCUAGGUUUUCAAUUUGUGGGAUUUGUGUGGGAUUUUAAAAUAGCUGAUCACCAUCAGCUAUUUCAUAAUCCCACAAUUGUGGGUUUCUGAAAUCUCUAAUAUUUAAAAUCUCUUAUCAUAUAAUUGCUUUCCAAACGAGUGAUUUUAAUAAAAUCCCACAUUAUAUAGGAUUGUGCCCAAAUCCCACACCCAAAACCUGCAUCCAAAUGACCCCUUUAUGUCUCCGCCAUUAACGAACUGCGAAUAUGCGGAGAAGGGGAGUGAAGACUGAAGACUGAAGCCUCCGCCGCCGUAACCGCCCCGCCGGCCCGACUAUAGUGUUGUUUAUUACUGCUGAUCGGCGGAGCAAAACCGCCCCCGAAGCGAGCCAGCGAGUCCAAACAGUUUCUUCUCCGAGUCUUCUCUCUCUCUCUGUCAUCAUUCCUUUCCUUAAAUUACUGCCAUCCCAAUUUUGAAGCAGAUCUCUCUCUUCUCUCUGCCGCCUACUUUAACUGCAUCAAUGGAUCUCUCAAUUGCGCUGACGUUCCCCUCCAUUACCACCAAACCUUCCCCUUCUCACCUUCUUCUUUCCCGCCCUCUCUUCCCCAGCUCUUCGCCCGGAAGAUCCUUGCUCUCUACACGAAACCCCUCUUCUUCCCGCCACAAUCACCGCACUCCUCGACAACGACUCCGCCGCCGUGUUUCCGCAGCCGUCGACGACGACGAUGGCGGCUUCGUCCUCGAAGAUGUCCCUCACCUGUCCGAUUUCCUCCCCAAUCUCCCCCUGUAUCCCAAUCCCUUGGAGAAGAGCCAAGCUUAUGCCAUUGUCAAGCAAACAUUCGUCGGCCAGGAAGAUGCGGUGGCGCAGACGGUCGUUGUUCAUAAAGGCAGCCCCCGAGGAGUACACUUCCGGCGAGCCGGCCCUCGAGAAAAGGUGUACUUUAAGCCUGAUGAGGUUCGGGCUUGCGUAGUCACAUGUGGAGGGUUGUGCCCAGGGAUCAAUACAGUCAUCCGGGAGAUAGUUUGUGGGUUGAACUACAUGUAUGGUGUGGAUGACAUUCUUGGUAUCGUGGGAGGGUAUAGAGGCUUCUACUCUAAGAACACUGUGAAGCUGACCCCUAAAGUUGUGAACGAUAUCCAUAAACGUGGCGGCACUUCCCUUUUGACAUCUAGGGGAGGUCAUGAUACGAUUAAGAUAGUUGACAGCAUUCAGGACAGGGGAAUUAAUCAGGUGUACAUAAUUGGAGGUGAUGGGACCCAGAAAGGAGCAGCUCUAAUUCAUGAGGAAGUUGAGAAACGUGGUAUGAAAGUAGCAGUUGCUGGGAUUCCCAAGACCAUUGACAAUGACAUAGCUGUGAUAGACAAAUCGUUUGGGUUUGAUACUGCUGUUGAAGAAGCUCAGAGAGCAAUUAAUGCUGCACAUGUAGAGGUUGAGUGUGUGGAAAACGGAGUUGGAGUAGUCAAGCUGAUGGGAAGAUAUAGUGGAUUCAUUGCUAUGCAUGCAACAUUGGCCAGUCGAGAUGUGGAUUGUUGCUUGAUUCCAGAAUCUCCAUUUUAUCUGGAAGGUCAAGGCGGGCUGUUCCAAUUCAUUGAAAGCCGGAUGAAAGAAAAUGGGCAUGUGGUUAUUGUGAUAGCUGAAGGAGCAGGGCAGGAAUUUGUUGCUCAGAGCAUCCAUGACGUCAAUCAGAAAGAUGCAUCAGGAAACAGGCUACUUCUUGAUGUUGGUCUCUGGUUGUCUCAUAAGAUUAAGGAUCACUUCACACAAGUUCGGGAGAUGGAUGUAAAUAUGAAAUACAUAGAUCCAACAUACAUGAUACGGGCUAUUCCAAGUAACGCAUCAGACAACAUAUACUGCACUCUUCUUGCACAAAGUGCCGUACAUGGGGCGAUGGCUGGGUACACAGGCUUCACAGUUGGACCUGUAAAUGGCAAACACGCCUACAUACCCAUUGCUCGGGUGACAGAGACGCAGAACACAGUGAGGUUGACUGACAGGAUGUGGGCUAGGCUUCUUUCAUCAACAAACCAGCCAAGUUUCUUGAAUUCCUGUGAUGAUAUUUUGUUGCAACAAGAAAGAGUCGACAGAGACACGGUCGAUAUGAUUCACAAAAUGAAGAUUACUUCCACCUAGACAACACCAUUCAAUUGCUGGCUCUAAAGCUAAACACGGAGAAGCGCAUCGGGCGUGGGCAGGUAUCACCAGCAUAACAAUCUCAAGCUAUCUUCCAUGAUGUCGGAGGAAGGUACAAUGUGUUUGCAUGCUGAGUUGACUAUCAUUUUGUUGUAGGUGUAGGAUGAAAGACUGUUGUGCUUGGUUCAGUUGAAGUGUAAACAAGAGUAUAGAAAGGGUGGAAGCAUAAUGAAGAAAACAGAGUAGCAACUUGCUUUCAACUUUGCAGAUAAUACCAAAUGAUAGGCUUUUUGUCUGUCUGUCUGUUCCAUCCAUCAUUCCAUCCACAAGUGGCAGUGGGUUGGUUCUUCCUCCCUAGUAGUUAUCUGGCACACCAUGCACGUCGGCUGCGGGCAAGUUGCAGACGUAGGCAUUGGUUAUCUUUCUAUCUGUUCUAAUCUGUCCACCGUAAUUGCCACUUGCUGCUUUCUGUUGUACAAGUUGGGUCGGGUAGGGUAGCUCCUUGAGAGCGCGAUGGCUUUAGGGAUGGAUAGUAUUUUGCAGUUGCUGGUGGGAGUUUAUCCGGAUCUGCGAUUCCUUGAACUACAAGCAAGCAAGUGGGCUUUGAUUGCAUUGGCAAGUUGAUGGAUUGGAUGGAUUGACUCCGACGCUGACACUGACUCUUGCUCGUUCAAAUAUCUCCCUUCCGUUAUAAAUGUCAAU